AUGUCCAAUUGUCAAGAUCAGCCAAGAAGAACAAGCAGCAGAAGCACAAAAGGAACCCCGCCAGCCCGAUAUCAGCAAUACGUCAGCGAAAUGUCUGUCAACCACUCACCAAAGUCAGAUACGCCAGCAAAAAGCCAACAAAAACAGCCACAGCUACAGCCAAUGGACGGUACUACUCAUGUCAAUACGAUUAAUACGCCUUCUCAAUUACAGCACCUGAAAACUGCAGCCAAUUCACCAGCCGGGACAUCAAAACCUGUAAAUGAAGUCGGUGAGUUCAUGAAGCAAAUGAGAGUGCAAAUGGAGCAGAUGCAGCGUCAAAUGCAGGUAAUGCAAAGUGAGUACAUUGCAUCAACGAAGAAGAUGCAAGCACAACUUGUUAAUACUGCCAAACAAGUGGAAACGCAGUUAGCCAAUCAAAUGACGUCGACGUCGCUGUCCGCAUUACCUACAUCGACGCUGCCACAGCCGCCAUCAAAUAUGCCAGAAUCAAUACUGCCAACAUCUCAGCCAUCACUGCCACCACCAAAUCAGUCACAAUAUCAGCCGCCACAGAAUCUUCUACAACAGCCGCCACAACUGUCGCCUCUACAACAGCAAGUUUAUCAGCCAACGCCACAAUAUCCGCCGCCAUCACGGUCUAUAAAUUCGGAUAUGUCUGCCCACAAUUCGUACCCACAAAGUUUUAUAUCUGUUCCACACAAGAAAAUUUAUCCUCUUCCCACAUUUUCAGGUCUUCCAGAAGAAUGGCAAACCUUUUAUGAAGCGUACGAAAGCACCACAGCCGAAUUUGGAUAUAACAGCCUCCACAACAUUAUGCGCCUCAGAGAUGCUAUCAAGGGUCGAGCCAGAGAAACCGUCGAAUCGCUGCUAGUUAAUUCUGCCAACGUCGACACCAUUAUACGAACGCUGCUUGAAACCUUUGGUCGUCCGGAACAGCUGAUUAGAAGCCAAAUUGAAAAGGUUCGUGCCAUUCCACCUUUAGCCAAUGACAACCUGGAAGCCCUGGUAAACUUCGCCAACAAAAUCUCGAACAUGGCCACAUUUGUCAAGAACGUGAAGGGAGAUCACCAUCUUUCCAACCCUUCAUUGUUGAGCGAACUGGUCGCUAAACUUUCCACAAGCCGCCAAAUGCAGUGGGCCGAAAAAUGCCUCCAAUUACAACAACCAGCCACCAUAGUUGACUUUGCAGAAUGGCUAUCAGUACUGCGUCGCCUGGCCAAUAUCGUCCAUGACACCUUGCCGUCAACUUCGACCAAUGCCGCAUCAAACCGCCGCCAUUUUGCUGCACCGCCAUCAAACCGAAAAUACGUCAACGUCACUGUCAGCCAAUGUCCAGUAUGUAAGGGUGAGUGCACUAACAUAAAACACUGUACAGAAUUUUUAAACAUGUCCAUCGACAAAAGAUGGAACACUAUAAAAGGGCUCAAGAUUUGCUUUUGUUGUUUAAAACGUGGACAUCAAGUUAAAUUUUGCCACACAAAACGCCGUUGUGGCAUUAAUGAUUGCCCAAAGCCACACAACAAUUUAUUGCACAGUACACUUUCACAAUCACAACCGGAGCCAGCGACCGAGCCAACUCAUUUGUCCACGACGGGUGGGACGCAAAAUAACCGCACGUUCACGUCCGAAGCACAACGACCACAAACCGAAAGACGAAAUUGCCAUGCAGCUCAUUCUCCCGAUAAUGUGCUUUUCCAGAUUUUACCCAUAACUUUGUAUGGGCAGCACAAAACAAUAAGCACUUACGUCUUCAUUGACGACGGCGCCAACGUUUCUAUGCUGGAUCUGGAAAUAGCACGAGAACUUGAACUCCAUGGAGAACCUGAGCACUUGGAGCUGCAAUGGCUUAAUACUCACCGCGUAACACAGAAAACGGAAAAAAUUCGCGUGACCAUCAGUGGAGUUGGCCAAUUUAACAGAAAAUACUUACUUUCCAAUGUUUACGUUUCAUCGGAUAUGUCAUUGCCAGUACAGAGUUGCCAUAUAGCUCAUUUUAUGAAAUCCCAAAAAAGUGACAAAAUCGCCAUUUUAAAUAUGCGGGAUUAUUCUAAUGUUCAACCAAAAAUGAUUUUAAGCUUAACCCAUUCUUUCCCAACAGUUCCCAUUGAGACGCCUACACUUUUAUCCGAAUUUGGACCCAUUGUGUCAACCACCAGAUUAGGCGCUGUUAUACAUGGACCAAUUCCUGGUGAAGAACCAACAAACAUAAAGAGGGCUUUACACGUAAGGAAGUGUGUGUACCAAAAUGAUGUUUUGAAGGAGUUGAGCGAUAUGAUGCGUGGUUAUUUUGAUGUGGAGACCCUUGGAACCAAAAUACCCGUGAAACCUAUAAAAUCCAAAGAAGAUGAGAGAGCAAUGGGCAUAUUGGAAACAAACACAAAGCAAGUAAAUGGCCGAUAUGAAUGUUCGUUGUUGUGGAGAGAAGAUGUGAGACCGAUCCCUGACUCAUACAACAUGGCUUUGAAUCGUUUGUACUCUGUGGAACGUAAGAUGGCAAAAGACAGUGAGUAUAAAAUGGAAUAUUGCGAUAAAAUAGCAGAUUAUGUUAAAAAAGGAUAUUGCCGUAAAUUAUCGGAUGAAGAAAAAUCUAUAAUGCGCGAACGGACCUUUUAUUUGCCCCAUUUUGGUGUAAUAAAUCCAAAUAAAAAAGGAAUUCGGCUGGUUUUUGAUGCGGCGGCCGAGGUUAUGAACUUCUCAUUAAACAAAGCCUUACUUCCUGGUCCUGACAUUAAUAACUCAUUAAUUUCGAUUCUUUUUAAAUUUAGAGAAUCCCCCAUUGCUGUAUGUGGUGACAUAGAAGAGAUGUUUCACCAGAUCGCCAUUGCCAGGAAAGACCAAGAUAGCCAAAGAUUUCUGUGGAGAGAUGGCAAUCCUGAUCAGCCUGUGGACACUUAUGUUAUGGAAAGGCUUAUUUUUGGAGCCACCUGUUCACCAACCAUUGCUCAAUAUGUCAAGAAUAAAAAUGCGACAAAAUACAUCGAAAAGUCGCCGUCCAUGGUAUCAUCGAACGUCAUUAUGUGGAUGAUUAUGUCGAUUGUUUCGAAACUGAAGAUGAAGCCCUUAAUGUUGUUCGCGAAGUGGUAAGGAUCCAUAAAUCCGGUGGUUUCCAUCUUCGCAACAUAAUAUCCAACAGUGAACGAGUGGCAAUACUAUGUGGUAAUAAUCCUGGCAAUGGCGAGAACAGUGGCAACUUUCUUUUUGGUGACAGCAUAGAACGGGUACUCGGUAUUCAUUGGGCACCAAAGACAGAUGAUUUUUGUUCUCAUUUGCGUUUGGCCAAAGUGGACAAAAAUAUAUUAAAUUUUAUAAAGGUGCCAACAAAAAGGGAGAUGCUCGGCCUAAAUAUGUCCGUAUACGACCCAUACGGAUUCCUGUGCGACUUUAUGGUGACGUCAAAGGUGCUAAUGCAGAAGGUCUGGAAAUGUGGGGUAAGUUGGGAAAAGCAAUUGCCGUCAGAAAUUUAUAGCCAGUGGAAGUACUGGUUGGAGCAGUUAUCGAGAUUGGUGGAAUUUAAGAUUCCAAGAUGUUACGCCGGUGGUUUUAGCAGCAGCAAUGUUGAUCUACAUGUCUUUGUGGAUGCAAGCGAAGAGGCUAUGGCAGUUGUGGCAUAUUGGAGAGUGAUUCUUUUACGGUGAUACAGUGGAUUUGGUCAGAUCACCGAAAAUACAAGCAAUAUGUGGCAAAUCGUGUGGCUGAGAUAUUGGACGGCAGCAGCAUUGAACAAUGGAGGUGGUGCGCUGGUAACGAGAACACUGCAGACGAAGGAACUCGCUCAAAACUGUUCAAGCCAUAUGAACCCGAAGGACGUUGGAAAAAUGGACCAACGUUUUUGCUGAAGGCGGAAUCGUAUUGGCCGAGUGAGGUGCACAAUCAAACGAAAAAGGAUGAAAGUGGCUCAGAACUGCGAUCCAAGCACAGAGUUCUGGUGGCUCAGAAGGUAUGUUGGUGCAUUCCAAAUAUUGAUAAUUUUUCCAAUUACAGAAGGCUGAAACGGGCUAUGGCAUGGGUGUUCCGGUAUGUGCAAAACAUGAGGCGUAAAAUCAAAGGUGAUGCGUUGUUCUUGUGUGAUCUGUCCCUGGAAGAAGAAGAGAAUGCCGCGUCUUAUCUGUGCCGUCAUGUGCAACGUCAACAAUACGAAGACGAACUUGAGGACCUGAAAAAACAACACUCAGUGAGCCAAAGCAGCCAAUUAUUGUCGCUGAAUCCCUUUGUUGGCCAAGAUGGCUUAAUUCGUGCGUCUGGGAGAAUCCAAAAUGCUGCCUUUUUGAAUCUGGAAGCCAGGCAGCCCAUAAUUUUGCCGAAAAAUCAUCGGUUCACCAGGUUAUUGGUGGAAUUCUACCACAGAAAGUUCCUGCACAACCCUGCAAAGGGCAACCCUGCUCGACGGUAACCCUGUUGUUGCAAAAUGCUGGUGCAACUGUCAGCAAUGAAGUACAAUGGCUAAAAUAUCCCAAGCCAAUUUGCAACAUAUCUUCAUUUUGUUUAUUGUUUUUGUUUAUUUUUAAGCCAAUUUUUUUGUAUAAAUAGGCCCUUCUGGCAAAAACUUGUUCUUUUCUAUUCGUGAUACCAAAAAACAUUGAAUAAACAACACAUUAACGUAAUUUCACACCUUAAACACACACACACAUCAAAUGUACAACCCUUAUAUUUAAAAUACAAAACACAUAUCAAGCAAAAUAAAUAUAUCCAGCAGUUUCAUCAUUUCAAACAUAAA